AGUUCGCGCUGUUCGUGACGUUCUCUACCGAAUUCAUCUUUAUGCAUUUUGUCGUUGGAUUUAAUAAUGAAUGUACCGGGCAGAUCGAGCUCUGUGUGGAUUUAUCUCUUGUUCGUGCUGCUGGAUUGUUACUGGGAAGCGGUGUUUGGACAGCUCUCUUACUCCGUCGCAGAGGAAGUCAGUCUUGGGACUGUUGUUGGAAAUAUCGCUAAAGAUCUCAACAUCAAUGUCCAGGAUUUGGAGUCUCGCAUGUUUCAGAUCGUGGCUGGAUCAAAGAGGAAAUAUUUCGAGGUAAAUCUAAAGACUGGUGCGCUCUACGUUAAUGAGAGAAUAGACCGAGAGGAGCUCUGCGGCGAUGAUCCCAAAUGUUCACUUAGCGUAGAAGCAGUUAUUAAUAAUCCACUGAAACUGUACCAAAUUGAAAUUGCAGUAUUAGAUGUGAAUGAUAAUUCACCUUCAUUUCUCAGCACAUCACAGGUAAUGAACAUUAGUGAGAACACAGCAGCAGGAGCUAAAUUCCCCCUGCAACCAGCUGACGAUGCAGACGUUGGAAAAAAUACAGUAAAUACCUACAAGCUUAGUCAAAACGAACAUUUUUCUUUGGCUACACAUAAAGGAGAGAGUGUCACACCCGAAUUGGUGCUUCAGAAAGUUUUAGACAGAGAAAAACAGUCUGUAAUUCGACUCACACUGACUGCCGUUGAUGGAGGAACACCUGCUAAAUCAGGCACUAUGGUCAUUUUAGUAAAUGUGUUAGAUAUUAAUGAUAACGCUCCUGUAUUUAGUCAAGCUCUGUAUAAAGCCACUGUGUAUGAAAAUGCAAAGAUUGGAACAUCAAUAAUAACAUUAAAUGCUACUGAUUUAGAUGCAGGUCAAAAUGGACAACUGGUAUAUUCACUCAGUAAAGUAGGUCGAGGGAAACAGACCGAUCUGUUUUCUAUAGAUGAAAGAACUGGGACUGUAACUAAUAAAAAGAUUAUCGACUUUGAAGAGAACAACGCUUUUGAGAUUAGAGUACAAGCCAGUGAUGGAGCUUCUUCUCCUCUAACUUCACAUGCCAAACUCCUGAUUGAAGUUGUAGACGUCAAUGACAAUGCCCCUGAAAUUUCAGUCACAUCACUGUUGAACUCUGUGAAAGAGGAUGCGUCCAUUGGAACCGCCAUCGCUCUUGUUUCAGUAUUGGAUAAAGAUGGUGGUAAAAAUGGGAUGGUCAACUGUAAAAUCUCCAACAACGUCCCUUUUAAAUUAGAGACUAAUUAUAAAAAUUACUAUUCUUUGGUCGUGGACGGUCCUCUGGACAGAGAGACUUCAUCUCAAUACAACAUCAGCAUCACUGCUACUGAUGAGGGCAGCCCACCUCUGUCCAGCACGAGCGUUGUUAAUGUCCACGUCUCUGAUGUAAAUGAUAACAAACCUCUAUUUACAGAAAGUAUAAUUAAUGUCUAUGUGAAAGAAAACAGUCCAGUAGGAGCAGUUCUAAAAACUGUUUCAGCAAUUGAUGCUGAUAUUGAUCAGAAUGGUCAGGUGAGUUAUUCGUUUUUACAUAAUAACAGUAACUCACUGCCUCUUUCUACAAUGGUCAACAUCAACUCAGAGACUGGAGAGAUAAUCAGUCUGCAGUCGUUUAACUAUGAAGAAUUAAAAACGUUCCAGUUCAAAGUUCAGGCCACAGACUCUGGUGUUCCUCCGCUCAGCAGCAACGUCACUGUCAACGUUUUGAUUCUAGAUGAAAAUGAUAAUAAUCCAACAAUUCUGGCUCCCUAUUCUGAACACGGCUCCGUCAACAGUGAGAGCAUCCCCUAUUCUGCUGAAGCAGGAUACUUUGUGGCCAAGAUCAGGGCUGUAGACGCAGAUUCUGGAUACAAUGCGCUGCUCUCUUAUCACCUGUCUGAACUCAAAGGAAACAACCUGUUCAGGAUCGGAACCAGCACC